AUGGCUUUAAUGCUUUUGUCUCGUUUCAACAACACUUCUUCAUCAUCAGAUCAUCAUCACAUUAAUGACUUUGAAUGCAAGACUUGCAAUAAACGUUUCCCGUCUUUCCAAGCCUUAGGCGGUCAUCGUGCAAGUCAUAAUAAAAAGCCAAAAUUACUCGGAGAGUUUCUUGUUCAAACCAACAAAAAGAAUAAGAUGCAUAAAUGCUCUUUUUGUGGUGUGGAGUUUUCAGUGGGUCAAGCAUUAGGCGGUCACAUGAGGCGUCAUCGUGAUGAAAUUAAUAAAAUUACAGAUGAAAAGACGAUGAUUCCAAUUUUGAAGAAGUCAAAUAGUAGCAAGAGGAUAUUUUGUUUGGAUUUAAACUUAACCCCUGGUGAUGAUAAUGUUGAUUUCAAGUUAUGGCCAACAACACCAAUUGCAUCUCCUGUUUUGAGAAUCUUUAUUUAA